UUUAGAAACACAUCAUUCGCUGUUUAGCAGUCAGCCGGCAGCAACUAGAAACUUGAGGUACACCGUCAACACAAAAGAGAAAAACGGCGACAUUAUGUUCGUGAGAACGGCGUUCUUUUUUCUCCUCCUUAACCUGACUGGAGUGAUGUUGUUCAAGUUGAAGAAGAACGACGAAAUCGAGAUUCCUGAAAACCGCAAGCGCCCCAAUGUGGGGAUAGCUACUCAUAGUAUGGAUUGCUAUGCUUGUGCGGAAAAUGCCUGUCACUUUCAAGCCUUGGAAUGCUUAGAUGUCGUUCCUGCCGAGUACCAAGCCUGUCUGGAAGAAGCCUGUGGCGCAGAAUUAGUGAAGUGCUGGAUAGCAUGUUUUUCUCCGUUGUCAGGCCGGCAAACCCUAAUCUAGUGCAGUCAAGAAUGGAUAGUAAUUUAAUUGUUAUAUAGCCAAACGCUAGACAAUGGCUCUUAUUACCAAUAGUCAUUUCAAUAUACUGUAAAACGUGUGGGAAGGCUGUACUGUUUUGCUGAUAUGUUUUCUUUUGAGCGUUCUUCUUCUUCUUUUUUUUUUUCAUUAAACAAUGUUACGACUUAUCUGCAAGACCAUCUGUAAUUGGGAGUCUAAUCAUAACCUUAACAACCUCUUAGGGUCUUCAAAAUAUAAACGUUGCUGAAGAAGCAUAAACUGAAA